CAAAAGUACCAUACUGAUUACUGAAGAAGAAGAAGAAGAAGAAGCGACUAGGCGCAGAGGUUGCGGUAAACGUUUCAACUUGAAAGUGUCAUGGGGUAUUGAAGUGUCGUUGAUAAAUACUACCCACUAUAAUACAACUUCACAAUGCUACCCUUGUCUCUACUGAAAACGGCUCAAAACCAUCCUAUGUUGGUGGAACUUAAGAAUGGCGAGACUUAUAAUGGCAACUUAGUGUCUUGUGAUAACUGGAUGAAUAUUAAUCUAAAAGAUGUCAUCUGUACAUCUAGGGAUGGUGACAAAUUUUGGAGGAUGCCAGAGUGUUAUAUACGAGGGUCUACAAUAAAAUAUUUGAGAUUGCCUGAUGAAGUAAUAGAUUUGGUAAAAGAGGAGGUAAUUGCAAGAGGCCGUGGACGAGGUGAAACCAGAGGUCGUGGUGGUCCUGGACGAGGUCGCGGAGGCCCAGGAAGGGGUUUUGGUGGACGGGGCCGUGGUGGUCCUGGUGGCAGAGGUGGACCAGGACGAGGUGGUAUGAAAAAGAAGGAAGGUUUUAAAUAGGCAGGUAUGCUUAGAAAUUGCGAAAUGUAAUAUAAGAAUUUUAUAUUUAUUAUGUUGUCUUGUUGAAAUACUAUAUUUCAUAAAGAAUAGACGAGUUAGACAAUUUGGCAAAAAAUUUUCUCUUGAAUAUUUGGCUACGAGUUCAUUUUUAGCUAUGCAAAAGAAUUACAUCGUUGGUUCAGUUUGGUCACACUAGGAGAGAUUUGUAAGUCUACAACUAAUAUUUUGUGCCUUGGAAUAACUUGGCAUUUAGUGAAGUCCAUUUUAACAUGGGUAGGAUAUUUUACCCUUCAAGUCUUUGAUGGCAAUGUGCACACAUUUUUCCGUUGCUAAAAAAUUAUGCAUUAUUUAAUUUAAUGAAAAUGCUGGCCUUUUUUUGUAGGACAUUAACUAACAUUAUGAGUGUCAGAGUUCACUUGCAUAAGUGAUGUUUUACAAAUUUGACUAUGUAGCAGACCUUUGCUUUAAUUAAUAUUUAACUAACAUUUUUGUUGAAAUCUUUAUUUUACAAUAUCUUGAUGUAAUCUUUUGUAUUGAGCCAAUAUGACUGCGAGUGUUGAAACAAUUUCAUCAAGGAAAGCAGUCUGUAGCAUACAGAUGAUUUGCUGAAGGACUGCGACUGUCAGUUAUUUAGAUUUUCAAUUUUUAUCCAUUGCUAAAGAUGCAGUGAGUUGAAGAGGUACUUGUCAUCAUAUUAAUUUUGAUGUAUUUUGUGUUAUGCUGGUCAGGUGCUGCAAAAACUAGUUGAUUAGAAGGUUAUGUGGUCUGAAGUUUGCCAGUUUAUUAACUAUUUUGGAGUUAACUACUAUGUUAUCAUUUUCAUUUUCUCAAUAGCACUGCAUAUUAAUGGGAAAUUGUAUGCAACAGUAUAUGUAUUUGGGAAAAUUAUAAGAAACCUUUUGUUGAUAUAAUAUUUUGGUUAUUUUAAUAUCUUAUAUUGACCACCCUCUUUUUCCCAUAGAUUUCUCACCAUAACAAUUCUCCUUGUUUUUUGGUUACGCUGUGAGGUUCCAGAAAUUAAUUUUUUCACGUCAAAGAUAGAUUGUUCUUAGAAUUAAUUAUGAGAGAUGCUUUUAGAUAUAAUGUGAAUCUUAUAAUGCUAUCAUAGUAUUGUUGCAGAAGAAAAUGAAAAAUUUAUUAAACAUUUCCUUUGUC